AUGUGUUCAGGAACUGUACUGCACGAAUCCCAGCCGGAGUGGAGGGAGCGCUCCGCUCCGCCUUUCUGCGUGACGCUCAUUUCCUGCCCUCACUCCGCGCUCACAUUAAACUUCACACAGAGAAGUUGUUGCCUGUUACACUGAGUGAAGCAGCUCAUCAGGCUGACGCUCCUGCUGCGGGCUUCAAUUACGAGCUGGAGAGAGAGGCACAGGAAUAUUCAUAAGCUCCAUCAUUACACUUCAUCCACUUUAUCCCCUGCUUCAUCUGAUGACAUUAGCAGUCAGGCAUGCCAGUCCAUGCAGUGAAAGAUGUCAGUGACCUGGACACCAAGGUUCCCCCACAUUUGCAGCAGAUCGCUAUACCGGACAUCAAACUCACACCUGACUGUGUACACAGGAGUGUGAAGGGUAAAGUGGUUCAGAAGGGCCCUGUAGUAUCUUGCAAGCAAAGAGACUGUUUGCUGAAGGCUGUUAUUCAAGAGGAAGACCCCCAACAGAGUUCAGCGUCACAGCAUGCAUCAAUCAAUGUCAUUUUUUUUGGCACAUUGGCCAAGGACUUCUCGCAGUCUGUCAGUCAAGGGGACAUUGUUUUAUUGGCUGGCUUCACCAUCAGUAAGUCGCCCACUGAACAAACUGACAGACUGCAUCCCUGUCACUUGGAGAUGAGUGACCCUGAUGCCUGUAUGUGUGUGUGCUCUUCUGCUGUUUCUUCUUCUAGCGGAUCUUCUGCUGUCAGUUCUGAGCACAGGUACACUUACAUUCCUUUGAAUGAGCUGAAACCCAGGAGGAUAGUGAACGUGUAUGGUGUGGUGACAUUCUUCAAGCAGCCUUUUCCCACCAAAGGCACAGAUUACUGUUCCACACUGAAGAUCACAGACCAGUCUAAUGCUAAAGUGGGCUGCACUAUUUUCAGUGAAAGGCUUGAGGACCAUCCUAAAAUCUUCAGAAUCGGAGACAUUAUUCGGCUCCACAGAGUGAAGACUCAGAUGUUCAAUGGAUCCAUGACUCUUCUGACCAGUCUGGGCUGGUCUACCGUUACGUUUGAUGGAAUGUUGAAUAGCCCAGUUGAGCCACGCGCAUCAAGCCGGACUUUCCACUUUGAUGAAGCUGACAAACGUGUAGUGGAGGCACUGCGCCAGUGGGCAUCAAGCCAGUCACUGCUAGCUAGUGAGCCUACUGUUCCUCUGUCAUCAGUGCAGCCCAAGAUGUACUUUGAUCUGACCUGCCAACUGCUAGCGAAGGCCUGCAUGGACAGCAGAUGCAUGCUGCUUAAGGUGUGGGAUGGAACAAAGUGUGAGCACCCCCUUCUUAAUGUGGCUGUGGCACCAGGUGCCUUAGAGGGAGAGCCCACUAACUCUCAAGACCGAGAGAACCUGACUGCCAACAUUCUGGUCUACGACAACCAUGUGGAGGUUGCCAGAACGUUAAAGCCUGGCAUGUUCCUGCGCUUGUACAAUCUCCAUGCAGUGCCUCAGAGAGCUCCUGGGCAGCCCCAUGAUGUGCCCUGCCACCUUGGCUUCCACCUGCAUGGCGGCACCUCGUACGGCAGAGGCCUGCGCAGCAUCCCUUCAGACAACCCUGAUUUCCUAACCCUCAAGAGAGUGUUGGAGAGCCAGGCAGAAAAACUGGCUAGUGAAAAAGAGGUGAACGAUGGCACUCUUUUAGAAGUGUGGUACACUCCUCCAGAGGCUGUAGAUGGAGUGGGAUCUAAAGACAUCUGCACAGGUCGGACAUGUGGGCACACGCUUCAGCAGAUGUCUCUUGCUCAUGUAAAGAGAUGCACUCCACCUGCAUUUCAUCAUGUUUGUGCCCAGGUGAAGUCUUACCAGCCACAGAAACUGUACCAGUGUCUCAAACUCUUCUGUCCACAGUGUAAAACAAUAAAAGAGGUCCCAGAUGAUGAGUCCAUAGCGCAGGUGUUCCAGGGGGCUCUCGGAGGCAACUGCCAGCCCUGCAGUGAGCACUGGGCAGUCACCUCUUCAGUGGACUCCAUCCAGCUAGACAGAGUCAUCACCAUGCAUGUGUCCUGCGACAUGGUGCUCGAAAACACUCAGUCCCAGCUGCUCUUUCUCCAGGGUGUGACCCUAGAUGAGAUAUGUGUGAUAUCUGCUGCUCAUAAGAAUGUGGUCCCUGUGCGGUCAGAGGAGAGGAGAAUGAGACUGCUGGACCUCUCUGCUCCUUUCCUUUUCUGUGGAUGCAAGAGAUAUUAUGGCUGUAAACAGUGCUCUCGGUCCUCGUUUGUGGAACCUGAGGUUUCUGGAGUAGAAGUGUGGGAUGAGCAUACUGUAGCCAGAGCUCUUGGUGUGCAGCUGAUGCAGUAUGUGCUGCUGAUGGAGUUUGAGCUUGAGGAUAAGACUGGCACAGUUGAGGCUUUACUGUGGGAGGAUGCUGAGAGGUUCUUUCAUGUCUCCUCUGCUGACAUAUCAGCUAGUCAGGAAUUGCAAGACAAAGUUCAGACCAUCAUGGACAGGCUUCGGCCACCAGGAAGUAGCAUGGGUAAGAUUGUGACUGUGGACUGCAGUCUUCAACCUCACGCAAAGUUAAAGGGACACUCCAGCCAAAAUGAAUUUAAUGUUGCAACGUCUAUUGCAAACAUGGUUACUCGCCUUUUACAGUGGUGCUGUAGUAGUCUCUUUUGGUUUGAAGACUGCUGAUGACGUAUCUAGAGGAACUUUGAAAAACUACAGCUGCUUUUAAGUGUUUUUUUGGGUGCAAGUUAGUUUGUUUUGUUUUUUUCAUUCAUUUAUUCAUAAUCUGGUGAAUGCAGAAGGAAGUCAGAAAGGCUAGGAAGCUGAGUAUCUUACUGCAGCUGUAUAACUGUAGUAACUGUCUUCAAAUCAUCACUAUAAUGGAGAGAAUUAAUUGCUUAAACAACAAAAUUGACUUGUCAGAUGAAGAGGUCAACAAGCAAAAAACUAAAUUUAGUAAGAUGCCUGGCUGUCUAGAGACCAUGCCUCAGUUUGGCUCCUUUUCUCUGGCAUCCAUUUUAUGCUGAACAAAAAGAGAAUUGCUGUUUUCUUACAAUUUUACAAUUUUUGUUCAAUUACUGAUGCUACCUUGAUUAUAUUUAUUGGCCUAUAGAUCAGUGGCUAGUCUAGCAGUAAGGAUUAAUCAACACUUUAGGGAUUCCUAGUGGUUGAAUAGUGAGCAAUGCAUGCUGGGUGGUGUUGUGAGAGAACAUAAAUGACUGAAAACACGAAUAUCAUAUAAAAUCAUGAAUGUAUGGUAAUGCUUUUGGACACAACACAUAACCUGAAAUAAGUAGACUGGAUAUACUGUAAGUAGACCAGAUGAUGCAUGUUUUGCUUUACCAAUGCACAAACU